GAAGACUUCAUUUCCCAGACGCCAUUGCGUGUUUCUGAACGUGGAUGUCAUCAGCCGAGCACCGGCGGCGUGGGUUUCCCUGGUACUUCUGCUCCGGCUCCUGUUUGAUAUUGACAUUAACUCGCCACAUAUCCAAGAUCUGCGGUCAAAAUGACGGAGAGGAAAGGAACAGCAAAGUUGGACUUUUUGAGAAAGAUAGAGCUUGAAAUUCAGGAGAAGUGGGAAAAGGAGAAAGUGUUUGAACAUGAUGCCCCCACAACCAUUGGAGCAAGUACAAACAAAAACAAGUACUUUGUUACCUUCCCUUACCCUUACAUGAAUGGCCGAUUGCAUCUUGGUCACACUUUCAGCUUGUCAAAAUGCGAGUUUGCUGUGGGAUAUCAGAUGCUAAAAGGCAAGAACAGCCUUUUUCCUUUCGGACUACACUGCACAGGAAUGCCCAUCAAAGCCUGUGCAGACAAACUAAAACGGGAGAUGGAGCUGUAUGGAAACCCUCCGCAGUUUCCUGAUGAAGAUGAAGAAGAGAAGGAGAAACCCAAGACUAAUGAUGAAAUUAUUAUCAAAGAUAAAGCAAAAGGAAAAAAGAGUAAAGCUGCAGCAAAAACAGGGACCGCCACAUACCAAUGGGACAUCAUGAGGUCUUUGGGUUUAAAUGAUCAGGAAAUUGCCAAGUUUGCCAAUGCUGAGCACUGGUUGGAGUACUUUCCUCCUCUGGCUGUCAGUGACCUUAAAAGCAUGGGAGUCAAGGUCGACUGGAGGCGUUCAUUCAUCACCACCGAUGUCAACCCUUUCUAUGACUCCUUUGUCCGGUGGCAGUUUGUUACACUGAAGGAGAGGAAAAAGAUUAAGUUUGGGAAAAGGUAUACAAUCUAUUCUCCUAAGGAUGGACAGCCAUGUAUGGACCAUGACAGGCAAACCGGAGAGGGAGUUGGACCUCAGGAGUACACCCUCAUCAAAAUGAAGAUUGUUGAGCCAUAUACUGCAAAAUUCAAAUCCAAAGUAUUUUAUAGCAGUGGCAUGAAGGGCAAAAACAUCUUCUUGGUGGCUGCCACCCUGAGACCGGAGACUAUGUUUGGUCAGACAAACUGCUGGGUCAGGCCAGAUAUGAAGUAUGUGGCUUUUGAGACGGUGAGCGGAGACGUAUUUAUCUGCACGCGAAGGUCUGCAAGGAACAUGUCCUUCCAGGGCUUCACCAAAGAGAAUGGUGUGGUGCCCAUCGUCAUGGAGAUCCUUGGACAGGAUAUAUUGGGAUGUGCCUUGAGUGCCCCUCUAACGUCCUAUAAAAUCAUCUAUGCACUGCCUAUGCUCACCAUCAAGGAGGACAAAGGCACUGGAGUGGUAACUAGUGUCCCAUCUGAUGCUCCUGAUGAUAUUGCUGCUCUGAGAGAUAUCAAGAAAAAAGAGGCGCUAAGAGAAAAGUAUGGCAUUGAAGACAAGAUGGUGCUGCCUUUCGAGCCGGUCCCCAUCAUUGAAAUUCCUGGCUAUGGAAACUUGUCAGCUCCUCUGGUCUGUGAUGAACUCAAGAUUCAAAGCCAGAAUGACAAAGAGAAGCUGGCUGAAGCUAAAGAAAAAGUUUACCUGAAAGGAUUCUAUGAAGGGAUCAUGUUGGUUGAGGGAUAUAAAGGUCAGAAGGUUCAGGAUGUCAAAAAACCUAUUCAGAGGAUGAUGGUUGAGAAGGGUGAAGCAAUGAUCUACAUGGAGCCGGAGAAACAGGUCAUGUCUCGUUCAGCCGAUGAGUGUGUAGUGGCUCUUUGUGAUCAGUGGUAUUUGGAUUAUGGAGAUGCGGAAUGGAAAGCAAAAGCCAAUGAAGCCCUCAAAUCAUUGGAAACAUUUUGUGAUGAGACCAGAAGAAACUUUGAAGCAACCCUGGCUUGGCUACAAGAACACGCCUGCUCUAGGACCUAUGGACUUGGAACACGCCUGCCUUGGGAUGAGCAGUGGCUGAUUGAAUCUCUGUCGGACUCUACCAUCUACAUGGCUUACUAUACUGUGGCGCACCUGCUGCAGGGAGGUGUACUCAACGGACAGGGCCCUUCACCACUGGGCAUCAAACCUGAGCAGAUGACCAGAGAGGUUUGGGACUUUAUCUUUUUCAAAACAGCUCCCUUCCCCAAAACAUCCAUCCCCAAAGAGCACUUGCAAAAGCUGAGGAGGGAGUUCGAGUACUGGUAUCCUGUGGACGUCAGAGUGUCCGGCAAAGACCUGGUCCCAAACCAUCUGUCCUAUUACCUUUACAACCACGUGGCUAUAUGGCCCAAUGACAGUGGAAAGUGGCCCCAAGCAGUGCGCGCCAAUGGACAUCUGCUGCUCAACUCUGAAAAGAUGUCCAAAUCCACUGGAAACUUCCUCACUCUCACCCAGGCUAUUGACAAGUUCUCAGCAGACGGGAUGCGUCUAGCCCUGGCCGAUGCUGGUGACACUGUGGAGGAUGCAAACUUUGUGGAGACGAUGGCAGACGCGGGGAUCCUGCGCCUGUACACGUGGGUGGAGUGGGUCAAAGAGAUGAUCGCCAACCAGAACAACCUGAGAACUGGGCCCGCAGACACCUUCAAUGACAGAGUGUUCGCCAGUGAAAUGAACGCAGGAAUCUUAAAAACUGAGCAGCACUACGAGCGGAUGAUGUACAAGGAGGCGCUCAAGAGUGGUUUCUUUGAAUUUCAGGCCGCCAAAGACAAGUACCGUGAACUGGCCAUCGAGGGCAUGCACAGGGACCUGGUGUUCCAGUUUAUCGAGAGGCAAACCCUGCUCUUAGCUCCCAUCUGCCCACACCUUUGUGAAUACACAUGGGGCCUGCUGGGAAAGAGCACCUCUCUGAUGAAGGCGUCCUGGCCCGUGGCUGGUCCUGUAGAUGAGGUUCUAAUCCGCUCCUCUCAGUACCUGAUGGAGACCGCCCACGACCUCCGGCUGCGUCUCAAGGCCUACAUGCAGCCGCCUAAAAACAAGAAGGGUGACACCAAACCCCCUGCAAAGCCCUCUCAUUGCACCAUCUAUGUGGCCAAAAACUACCCCACAUGGCAGCACAGCGCCUUGUCCCUGCUUGGCAAGCACUACAAGAGCAACAAUGGAGUCCUUCCAGACAACAAGGUGAUUGCGAGCGAACUGGGAGCCCUGCCAGAGCUCAAGAAGUACAUGAAACGAGUGAUGCCCUUUGUGGCAAUGAUCAAGGAAAACCUGGAGAAAAAUGGACCGAGGGUUUUGGACCUGGAGCUGGAGUUUGAUGAGAGGGCUGUCAUCAUGGAAAACCUGGUUUACCUCACCAACUCACUAGAGUUGGAGCAGAUUGACGUGCUGUUUGCGUCUGAAGCCGAUGACAAGAUAAAAGAGGACUGUUGCCCCGGGAAACCGUUCAGUGUUUUCAGAUCUGAGCCUGGAGUGUCCGUGUCCCUCAUAAACCCCCAGCCGUCCAGUGGUCUGUUCUCUCAGAAGGUGGACAUCCGUCAGGGUGACAGCAGGGACAGCAUCGUGCGCCGUCUCGCCAAAGUCAACCGCCUCAUCAAAGACCUGUCCCGCGUGAAGUUGAUGAGGUACGAGGACCCCCUGCUAGGCCCUCGCAGGGUGCCCGUCCUGGGACAAGAGGAACAGGGCAAACUCCCUAUUAGUGAAAAGUCUGUGUUCAACGUCAACCUGGAGCAGAAGAAGAUCACUUUGGCUGACAACGGGCUGACUGUGGACAUCGGAGACACUCUGGUUUAUUUGGUUCAAUAAAUAUACGACAGGAAAAUGGCAGAUUCAGCGGGGAAGUUGUGUGAAAAGUAGAGCAAAUAAGGCCAUAUUUUGACCAUCAAGCACAAGACUGUAAGUCAACUCUGAGCAGGUGAUAUAACAUUCUAAACUGGCUAUUUUUAUUACAGCGGAGAUGGAGUGGAGAUGUGAAUUCUAUGGCAGAGUGAGUAUUUUAAUUGCCUGGGUUAUGGUUAAAUGUGCAUUAUGCAGCUUUCCCAUUGUGGAAUUAAUCACCUACUUGUUUCCAUGGAGAUUUUAUUGCUUUGCUUUCAGUGUUUCACAGUAUUGCAUUAAACUCUUUUCCAAAAAAAAAAUAACAAAAAAAACACAUCGAUCUGACCUGUAACUUUUUUCCUUGGAGGCAGAUCAGUUCAAUGCCAUACCCUGGAACCUAAGCCUUUUGCUAUUGUAGUUUUAGCACAAUUUCCCUGCUGAAUAAUUAUUUGGUAUUGGGACCUGAACAGUUUUGGAAAGCAUUGAAGGGAUAACGUGACUUUCAUCAUUUUCUGUCUCUGUAACACGGCCGUGAUGGUAACUCUUGGCUAUCUUUGUCAUCACUUUUUACUUGUAGAUUUCAAUGUCAGUCUGUUGUCCGCUGUCUAAUGCAAACAAGCCUAAAGUAAGACAAUAUAUUUGUAACUUUUAAAUAAAGUUUUCUGAAUUGGAAA